AUGCGCGGCUCGGCGUCCCCCACUCCGAAUGGCUACAGACGACAAGAGUCUCCUAGAUCAAGAGGCCGCAGCAGGUCUCGGUCAAGGUUUGAUCUGUUAAAACAUGUUGACCCUCGUCUUUCAGGUCCAUAAGUCCGAAGGGUUCCCGCAGGCGGCGCAGCAGCAGCCGGGAUAGGUCACGUCGCUCUGGGUAUGUUCUUGCAUGAUAAAAUGUCUUGCUACCAUAGUUCGGAUUUUUUUGCCCCUACCAUAGUGUUUGUAGGCGUUUUGACUCCAUAUAGCACUUGUUUUCUAGUCCUUUCCCGAGGUCUAGGGUUUUGCUGGUUUACGAGGGCCUCACUAUUCGUUCCCACUAUGCCGACACGUUCGGUUAAUUCUUAUCUAGCUGUCUGCCUCUUUGUCUUGGACCACAAGGCAAAACUGUAUGGUCGGAGGACGGAGUAAACUGCAUUCGAUUCCCGUUUAUGUGCAGUGCCUAUUUGUAAGUUUAGUCAGAUAUCACCCGGAUGGUAUUCAUCUGACUUCGAGGUUGGGCGUCCAUGCACUAACCACACUUUCCGGCAAGCUCGCAGUACUCUGCCAGCCUGUUGCCCAUUCUCCAUCAUCCAGGGAUGCCCCUGCCUUUCUACUUUUUGGUCCGUCUUGUGUGUCAGGUCCGUUGGUAGAUGUCACUAUCCUCCACUCAUGGACGUGGUGAGAAGUAGAGGUUCUGGCCUAUUUUAACCCAAGUGCACCUUCAGUCAUGGCGGAUCUCCACCAUAGUCCGCCUCCGAUCGCGCCUACAACAGCCGCCCUUGUCUCCGGCCUCGACGUCCUACCAAGCAGUCGAGCCCUAGGCCUUCCAAACCACGAUGCAGUUGGUUGAGAGCAGCUAACGUGCUGGAAAUGACCAUUCCGGUCUCCCUCACUUAUCAGUAGUUCUACUAAAUCGCAUGUCGCCAUGCGACAGCCUGCUGGGGUUUCGUGGUAGUAUUCCACGACAAAGCGGAACGGGCGCUCUUAACUCAAACCAAUGAGAUACUACUUCUCAUGGAUUUCCACUCCAACCCUCUCUAAAGUGAUUGAGGCAACAAAGUCCAUGUCCAGUUAGUUGCCGCGCACUGGUCAGGAUUCAUUUUGCAUUUUGUGCGCCCAGUACCCGAGCAAACGGACCACAAUGGAGAUUGUUCCCGUUUCUUACCCGAACUAAUAACUGUACAUUCCUCUUGUAGAGGCUAUAACAGCAGUUAUGGCUACCGUCGAUCGCGUGAUAACCUGAGAGACAACCCAACCCCCUCCCGAUGCCUGGGUGUCUUUGGUCUGUCACUUAACACCCAGGAGCGGGACAUAUAUGACGUCUUUUCUCGCUAUGGUGAAGUGGAGGACGUGUGCAUCGUUUAUGAUAACUACACCGGUAAGUUGUCAUUUAUCCUUCAUACUGUAGGUCGCUCGCGGGGUUUUGGAUUUUUGUACUUCAGGCACCUGUCCGAUGCAAAGGAGGCCAAAAACGAUGCCCAUGGCCUGGAAAUCGAUGGGCGUCCAAUAAGAGUCGAUUACAGCAUUACGGAACGUGCGCAUUCGCCUACCCCGGGUGUUUACAUGGGCAGGCCCACAAGGUAACCAAACAUUGUUUUCUUAAAACCUCCCGACAGGCGUUUUGGUGGCCGUCGCCGAACCCCUUCUCCUCGGCAUCGGUAUUCUCGUUCACGCUCCAGGAGUUAUAACUGA